UCUCGCCCGGAGAGCACGUCCCGCUGAAGGCGAUAUCUCGCAAUUUCACAAAACGAGGUGCGAAGUACGAACCCUGUGUUAGCCGAUUGUAUAGUGAUUUACUGUGUUUUUCCACGUCGAGGAUUUCUAUAUGUUUUUUAAUCAACAUAACCAUGCAAAGAAAACGUCAGAAAAAACGACGGCCUAGAUAUCGUGCAAUGGACACAACAUAGAACCAUGUAACUAGCAUCCAAGAUGGCGGUUCCCAGCGUAUGCCCAGCGAUGGGCAGAGUGACAGCCAGGGACUUGUUGUUUGCGAUCCUGUUACUGUGCAGGACAAUAGUUUGUGACAGUCGGUGUCCAAAGUUUGCUGAGAAACCUUUAGAGACACGAGUUCAGGACGCGUCGAUAGUUUUUAGAGCAGUUGUAGUACAAACGCAUUUUCAGCGCAAGACUCUGGAUCUGGCGCUGGUGUCUAUAUACAGAGGCGGAUUGGAUCUGGCCUCAAUAAGCCAGUAUGCUGGUUCACCAUACAAUACUACAGACAGGCAGGUGAACCUCAAAAUAAGUCCACAGCUGGGAGACUGCUUCAAUUGGAGCAUGGAGCCGUCACAGAGCGAGCUGGUGGUCUUCGCCAGGAUCAGUGAUCCUGCAGUAGACCUGGAGACCACGCCGCCUGAUGGACCCUGGCUGGAGGCCACGGCAUCAGCAGUUCCGUGGAGUUUAGGCGUUGACAUCGCCAUUUGGAAUGCUGUCGGGUGGGCUGGGUGGGGAGAGUGGGGUUCGUGCAGUAGAACAUGCGGGGGCGGUAGGCAGACUCGACGGCGAUACUGCUCGCGGCCGACAUGCGAAGGUUAUGGAGAACAAAUGCGCUCCUGCAACUCCUUCGUGUGUGAAGGGACAAUAAAUCCACUCGCCCCUGGAGCCAGGCGUAACUUCCACCCCGCGCAGGCGCGCUGGGGUCCAGUCUCGGACAGACCUCACGCGUUCAGCCUGAGGCCCAACUCUUACAUCUGGAUAGCGUCAUCAGAACUCUUCGGCGCGGGGAAGACUUUCCCGAGGGAGUUCACGCUUUUCGUAUCUUUGAGGCUACGACCGGAGAGCGGUGGGUACGGCCAGGGGACACUGUUCUCCCUGCGUUCCCGUCGUCGUACAGGCUCAUUUCUCUCCCUGGAACUGGCCGGCAGGGGAGCAGUCAGACUAGUCCACGCGGGAUCCGGGACGUCCCGGUCUAUUUACUUAGCUGUACCAUUGUACGACUUCCGUUGGCAUCAUAUUGCUAUCAGUGUUCAUGAUGACAACACGGUCCGGGCAUUCGUCGACUGCCGAUGGUUAAGGACUGAUGUCCUCGAGAAGGAUGCUCUGGACACCCCCAGGGACGCCGAUCUCAUCAUAGGAUAUCUAUUUUCGGGAGAUCUAGAGCAGCUGGUGCUCGUGCCAAAAGCCGGACAGGCCCACAAGCAAUGUUCGAGCCAAGCCGUCGGUGUAUUGACUCCGUAUGUUUCAUAAACUGUUGGGUAAAAUGACAACGGUUAACAACUUUACCUACUGAUGUGAGUAGUCUUGGUUCUUUUGCUUUCGAUUAGGAUGGUAAUAGCAUUGAAAAUUGUACGAACAAUGUAUUUUGAUAAUAUUGAUUGUGGUGUAUCCGAUAUCUGACUGUUAUCCCACAGGCAAUACGUAAUGCGUUUAGAAUAUUCACUAAUAGAAUAACAUAUUUGGUUUGUGUAAUUUAAUAUUUUAUGAAAUAUCGUGAUUCGUUUUGUUAAUAGGGGUUUUGUUACAUUUGUUAUAAAGUAUAACAUCGAAAGUUUCAGAAUCAAGACUUUUAUAAUUCUAAAAGAUAUGGAAAAUAUCUACUUAUGGAAUGUCCAUUUUAUUGACAAGUAUUUUAGACAAAGUAUAUUUUCUCAUAUAAAAAGUGUCAAUAGAGUUUAUGUUAUGAUAAAACAGAUAACUUAUUGAGAUACUCGGGCUGGACAUAACGUCUGAAAUAAUAAGAUCUUGUCCAAACACGAUUUUGCUUUUGACAUAUUGAAUUAUCGCUUGCAAGUUUAUUGUAUUACCUUAGAAAUGGUUUUGCGAAGAUGUGUUUAUUUUCUUUAUAAAUGUUAUAAAUUUUAGAUAAAAUUAUUUAUGAAUCUUUUAAAUUGCAAAAUAAUUAAUGCAAAGUAACAUCUAGUUAGAAUAUUUUCUGUAAGUGAAGCAACAAGCAAGGUAUUUAUAGUAAGCUUGUCUGAAAAACAAAUUAUACUGUAAAAAGUGAAUGUAAAGUUAGGAAUAUUGUAUUGUUCAACAGUACCGAAAGGUAAAAAUACGAUCUCGUUGAGUGUGAUGUUUCUUUUGAAAAUCAUCAUCAUCAUCAUCAGCCGAAGGAUGUUUAUUGCUGAAGAUGGGCCUCCCCCAAAGAUUUCCACAUCGACUUACUGGAAGCGGCUUUUGAAAA